AUGGCCGCGCCGCUCGGGCCCGCGGCCACCUGCGGAGAGCGGGCGGCCUUGAGGCGGCGGCGGCGGCGGCGGCGGGAGCAGCGGGCUGGGGGCGCCGGGCCGCAGGGCGCCGGUCGCGCCUGCUCGCUCGCCCCGCUCCCCGCGCUGGGCCCGGCAGAGGAAGCGCGGGCGGCUCGGCGUCGAGGCUCCGGGGGCCGGGCGCCGUCGGCCUGGGCAGCUCGGGCUCCGCGCACGGCCGGCGAGGGCAGCGCAGGGUCUGGCCUGACGGAGGGGCCUGGCCUACCCCGCCGCGGCCGCCGGAGGCGCUCCCGGCCCGGCUCCGUGGGGGGCAGCGCGGCCCCGCGGUCCCGGCAGCUCCGUUCCCCGCGGCCGGCCCGGCGCCGCCGCCCCCGCCCCCGGGAGGCUGGAAGGGGCGGCGGGGCCGGGGCCGGGGGCCCGGAGCAGCCCGCGGGCGACCCGAACCCCGGCCGGCACCCCCCGCCCCGAACGGGCCCGAGCCCCGCGCUCACCGCGGCCGACCCCGCGGCCCCGGCUCCUCGGCGUCGCUCGCCCUGCGCCAGCCCGCUGGGACGCCGGCUCGGCUGCGCUCCCCUCUGGCGCUGGCGCGGAGCCGCCCGGGACUUUUAUCCAGCGGGGCCCCCGGGAUCAAAGCGACGGCGGACACAGGGCCCCGCGCCGAGGGGCCGGCAGCAACGGCGCCGGGGCCUCCAGGAGGAGCGGACAGGUGUGGCGCGGGACCCGGCGCCCUCGGUGACCUGCGGGAGGCAGCGGGCGCCCCGGCACGGCGCCACGGGGGAGUCGCCAGAUCCCGCCGCCUGGAUGGACAGAUUCUGGGCGGCGCUGGGAAGCCGUGGGGCGCUGCCACUUACCGAGGGCAAUGGGGAAGCUGUGUCCUCUGGAAAGCACCUGCAGCCCCUCGUGGGGCAGGAGAUUCAAGGCCUCCGGGGCCCUGACAGCAGUCCCCCCAACCCCCGACUGCUGCUGGCCGCUGCCCUCACCCAGCCCAGCGGCCACUGUGGCCCUGGCUGGUGGGAGGAGGGACAGCCCUCUGCGGAGCAGCCGUGGGUCGGACACCACCUCCCAGCUGGUCGGACGGCCAUGGGCCCCAGCGUGGAUCCCACAGAGUUUGGGGCACCCUGCCUCUGCCAGGGCUGCAGGCGGAGUGACCGCGGGGGACUUGGGGACAGUGGGCAGGAAGGAGGGGCAGGUCAGCGGGCGCUGGAGCCGGGACCGAAGGGCGAGAGAGGCGCAGGCCGGCGAGGCGUGGUGGCCCGGCGGGGACCCGGAGCCCAGGCCACGCGAGCUCGCGGCCCCAAACCACGAGGCGCCCGUUGGGGUGUUGGCGCCGGACCACGCAGGCUGGGGGCUCUCCGCAGCUCGGCGAACGCGCCCCGGCGCGGGCCCGAUUCGGGGGCGGGGCCCGGACCUCGGGGGCGGGGCCCGGACCUCGGGGGCGGGGCCCGGACGCCGCGGCGGGCCCGGAAGCGCGCGCGAGCUCCGCCCCCUCAGGCCCCGCCCCGCCACCGCGUGGCUGUGCGUCCCGGCUGUUAG